AUGCCAGCAGACCUCAGCGGCACCUGGAAACUUCUCAGCAGCAACAACUUCGAGGGCUACGUGCUGGCCCUGGCCCCUGCCUUUGUCCCUGAGUCUCUGCACCCAUCUUGCGCCCCUCUGUCCAUCUUCUUUCCUCUGUCCCCCUUGUCUGCCUGCCAAACGACCCUGGCCAUCCCUGGCUCUCCCUCAGUACCACCCUGUGUCCGUCAGAAAAACGGGGAUUCCUUUACCAUCCCCACCAGCAGCCUAAGGAACUACCCUGUUACAUGCAACAUUGCAGAUGAAUUUGAGGAAGAUAACAAAGGCCUGGAUAAAAGACAAUGCACGCUUGGUUACCUGGAGCAUGGCACGCUCACUUGUGUGCAGAAAGGCGAGAAAGAGGACAGAGACUGGCGCCACUGGAUUGAAGGGGACCUGUCCCACCUGGAAAUGUUCUUUGAAGGCCAGGUGUGCAAACAAACACUCCAGAGAGCCUGAUUCAUGUCCAGAGCAGAGCCCACUUGAGGCCACUGGGCAAUGCCAAAUUAUCUUGCAAAAGGUGCUUGUCUGUCUUGGUUUGAUGAAGGGUCUUGUCAUUGGAAAGAUGUCACACAGCCUGCACUAGAAACUCUGGUUGCUUGGAAGCUGAAACUAUUUCAGCUUCAAUAAACCUGUCCAAGUGAUGCUGA